AUGUCAGAAAUAGCAAUAAUUAAGCAAGGAGCUGAAGCCAAACUAUACAAAGGAGUAUGGAAUGGUAAUGAGUGUCUUGUUAAGGAACGAUUUGUUAAGAAUUACCGCUUACCAGAGCUGGAUAAGACCUUAACAAAAUCAAGGAUUAAGGCUGAACAAAAAACAAUAAAAAGAUGUGAAGAUCAAGGAAUUAAAGUGCCUAAGUUGUUUCAUGUGGACUUUAAUGAGAGAAAAGUUUACAUGGAGUACUUCCUUAAAGCAAUCACAGCCAAAGAGUACAUUUUUAGGCUUGAAAAAAGUUCAGAUAAUAAUGCACUGGAUCUUUUGUGUAGCAAAAUUGGAAGUAUUGUCGGCAAGUUUCAUGUUAAUAACAUAAUCCAUGGUGACUUGACAACAUCUAAUAUGCUGAUUAACUUCAACGAUGAUGGAUACGAUGUGAUUUUCAUAGAUUUUGGACUGUCAUCAUAUUCAGCAGGUCAUGAAGAUAAAGGAGUGGAUUUGUAUGUCCUAGAAAGAUCACUAAUAAGCACACAUUCGAGCUUGCCAGAAUUAUUCGAAAAAAUGCUAAUUAGCUACAAAGAAACAAAUACAUUAUCGACUGAAACUAUCAAGAGAUUUGAGGAAGUAAGAGCAAGAGGACGUAAACGCACAAUGGUUGGUUAA